CCGGUCGUCGCUUCGAUGUCCGUCAAUCGCUUUGGCCGGAGGCGAACAAUGCUCCUUCGCAGCGCUUCUACGCCUUUGCUCAGCCAGCCAUGGCCUCAGGUCCCGGCGCAUGACUUAUCCGGAGGGGCCGGGUCGGCGGAGCUACAAGUGCGGCAGCAGCUGCCGCGGGCGCGCUCGACGGCCCACUUCGCGUCCUGCUUCUCCGCCUCACCGCCGCACAUCUCCAGGUGCCGCUCCGUGGAGGAGCGCGAGAUUUCCGAUGCACUUUCCAAGGCCCGGUCCUCUGUUUGCUCAUCCCCUUCCUCGCCGCUCGGCCGGGUCCUCCUGACGAGCUCGGGAUUGGACCAGCGCCGAUUUACUGUUGCCUCCCCCAAGACCGGAGGGCGUCCCACCUUUUUUGAAGUGGGCGACGGAGGAUCCGGUGGCGAAAGCGGGGGACGCGGGGUGGCGAGAGGCGGAGGAGGAAAUGACUGCGGUAGCGACGCCAUGGAUGCGUAUUACUCGAAGAUGAUCAAAACGGACCCGGGAAACUCUCUUCUCCUGGGCAAUUACGCCAAGUACUUGAAGGAGGUCCGAGGUGACAUUGAUAAAGCAAAGGAGCACUGCGAGCGGGCAAUGGUAGUGAACCCAAGCGACCCCGAGGUACUCACCAUGUAUGCGAAUUUGGUAUGGGAGGACAACCAUGAUGCUCCCCGAGCCGAGAGCUACUUCGAUCGGGCCAUGAAGGCUGCUCCCGAUGACUGCUACACGAUCGCUUCUUAUGCCAAGUUUUUGUGGGAUGCUGAAGAGGAAGAAGACGAAGAGGGAGGAGGAGUUAGCGAUGGCAGGAGCAACGACCAGGCUUGGUUUUUCCAAGGAGGAGCUCACGAACGGAUUGCUGUCGCUUAAGAAGCCACUUCGAAGACUUGAUCUGUCCCAUUAAGUAUUAAUCAUUACCAAUGAAGUAUUACUGAUUCAUGUUUCCUUGCGAUAAAACAUUAUAUAUGUUACCAUGGAUAUAAUUUUUUUAUUGACAAUUGAUAAUUA